AUCCGUUGCCUCAUCCUUUCUGCCACCCUCGUCGUCUAACAAUGCCGCUGGCCCGCUCGUCACUGUUGAAUACUCUCCGCACAGCACGUUCAACUUCGACGGUUGUGCGCACCUUUGCGUCCUCCGCGGCUCGUGCACAGGCUGAGCCUGUUCAGAAGCCGGAGAUGUACAAGGAGUUCAAAAUCUACCGUUGGGACCCAGAGAACCCGUCGAAGAAGCCGGAACUACAGUCCUACAAAAUCGACCUUAACCAGUGUGGUCCAAUGGUCUUGGAUGCUCUAAUCAAAGUAAAGAAUGAGAUGGACUCAACACUGACAUUCCGGCGUUCAUGUCGAGAGGGUAUUUGCGGUUCUUGUGCCAUGAACAUCGACGGUGUCAACACACUUGCGUGCCUGUGUCGAAUCGACAGAAACACCUCAAAGAAUUCAAAAAUCUACCCCUUGCCUCACAUGUACGUAGUGAAAGAUCUCGUGCCGGACCUGACGCAGUUCUACAAGCAAUACAAGUCCAUUGAGCCGUGGCUAAAGAAUGACAACCCGCCAGAGAAGGGAGAAUACCUGCAGAGCCCGGAGGACAGGAAGAAGCUUGACGGGAUGUAUGAAUGUAUUCUGUGCGCAUGCUGUUCGACGAGUUGUCCGAGUUACUGGUGGAACCAGGACGAGUACCUUGGUCCUGCAACCCUCAUGCAAGCAUACAGGUGGAUGGCAGACUCAAGAGACUCAUACAAACAGCAACGAGGGGAGAAGCUACAGAACGACCUCAGCAUGUAUCGAUGCCACACUAUUUUCAACUGCGCACGAACAUGUCCGAAGGGACUCAACCCUGCCAUGGCUAUCGCGAAGAUCAAACUUGAGCUCGCCACCGAGUAAUUUGGUAUCGGGUGGCCUCUUGUACACGGGGUAUUCGCGUUGACUUCGUCGAGUGGUUGCAUUAACCCCCAUUCGCAAUAUGAUUAGCGGUCAUGAAAGUCAAGACAUAGGAUGUAGGUUCCAGAGGUUUGGAAUACGAUUGAUCCCAGACUCUAGCUAAUUCUUUGUCCGAUUCUCUGUCAUUGACGCUAUCUUGUAGUCAAUACACAAAGAUUUUAUCCUCUAUGUAUUCCUAUCUCAGUGGUGCAAAUUCAAAUUUGGGACAUGUAUCCUA